GGCGGGCCGAGUGGGGGCGGAGGCGGCUGGUUUGGCUUGUCGGUUACCGGCGGCGCAGCUGGGGGUCGGCACCUGAGGGAAGGUCCCCAGCACCAUCGCCCCCUAUGGGGGCGAGCGGGGACCCGCGGUGUUGCCUCCCAGAUCCAGUCCCAGGAGGCGGGUUACCCCCGCCUCUCUCCUGUUACUCUAUUCACAACAACAAUGCUGUGACAACAGCCUAUCUGUUGUCAUCUCGUUUGAUCGUCCCACUCUACAGAUAGGGAAACUGAGAUUUACCAACAGCAUGAAUCAAGAAAAGUUAGCCAAACUUCAGGCUCAGGUCCGGAUAGGGGGCAAGGGUACAGCUCGCAGAAAGAAGAAGGUGGUACAUAGAACAGCUACAGCUGAUGACAAAAAACUUCAGAGUUCUCUAAAAAAACUGGCUGUGAAUAAUAUAGCUGGUAUUGAAGAGGUGAACAUGAUUAAAGAUGAUGGGACAGUUAUCCAUUUCAACAAUCCCAAAGUCCAAGCUUCCCUUUCUGCUAACACCUUUGCAAUUACUGGUCAUGCAGAAGCCAAACCAAUCACAGAAAUGCUUCCUGGAAUAUUAAGUCAGCUUGGUGCUGACAGCUUAACAAGUCUUAGGAAGUUAGCUGAACAGUUCCCUCGGCAAGUGUUGGAUAGCAAAGCACCAAAACCAGAAGACAUUGAUGAGGAGGAUGAUGAUGUUCCAGAUCUCGUAGAAAAUUUUGAUGAGGCAUCGAAGAAUGAAGCUAACUAAAAAAUUUUUUCUGGUGUUUGGAAGCUGGCAUGGACUAGAUUUAACAAAUCAGCUAUGUGGUUCCAAAGUUUUACAGACAUGGAGAACAUCAACUGUUACUAGUUCAGUAAUAUAAAUAUUUUGUAUAUUAAUAAUGCUGUUUGUUCAGCAUUUUUCGGUCAUUUGAUUUUGCAUUUUGCACUUCCUCCCAGGAUCUAUUCUUUUGGUCAAAAUACGAAGUAUUGGUGCAGUUUGAGGGUGUUUUGGUGUUUGAUUCUCAGUUUUUUGUUUUGUUUUUUUGUUGGAGUAUUUUUGGUGUGUGUAUGUGUAUGUAUGUGUGUGGGUAUGUGUGUAUACAGUGGAGAGCAAAUUGGAAAACAGUUCUAUUUAUCCUCCUUCUUCCCCCAGUAGAAAUAAAACAAAUCUUUACAUUU